CAUAUAAAUACACACACACUCACUCACAUACUCACACACUUAAUAUCAACCGCUGGCUCCAGACACUGACGGCAUCCACAUCUGGGUAGAACUGGCUCAACAUCAGCAGCAUCCAGCGAACUUGAACUCAGAGAGGAAGCGAGCAGCCCACUUCCUAUCGUCAUGGUAACAGCAUGUGAAUGCAUUGGGCCAUAUUGGUAAGCUAGCAAAAGAGAGAGAGAGCAAGCGAGGGAGAGCGGGAGUGUGAGAGAGAGAGAGAGAGAGAGAGAGAGAGAGAGAGAGAAAGAGAGAGGGCAAGCAAGUGGGAACUGCAUCAGAAAACACAGCUCAGUCUCCAGAGCCAUCUGAAAGGUUGUGAACGCAUAUCUCACAAUGCACCAAGGAAAGCUUGUCAAGGAACUGAUGGAUUCCUUCUACAUUUCAUGAAUAAACAGUCUUAAAACCAUUUCUAGCUUGGCCUCUUUGGGAAACAUGGAUCACACAGCCCUAUUUUGCCCAUCCCAGACAUGGACGGGCCCCAAUGUUUCAACCUUCUCCUCUGAGUGGGAUGACUCUGUGAAUUCCUACCUUUUGGCACCUGAUGUGAUCAAGCCUCCCCCACAGUUCCAAGAUCCAGAAGAACCGUGCCAGUCCCCACCAGCUAGCUCCACCGUCAUUAGAAGGAAGGAUAAAGAACGCCGGAGCAGACCUGCCAGUGCUAUGGAGCCCCAUAGACGAUCACUGUCCCUUUCCACAGCCAUUACCUCCAACCCAGCUGUAACUCGCAGGAGAUGUGAAAGCUAUGCCUUGUCUUAUCCUAGCAGCAGCUCGGAGGACAGCGGCAGCGAUAGCACAUCUGUGAGGAAAGGGGACCAACUGCCUGAUGCGGUGCCUCAGUCCAAGGCCAGGAGUAUCAUUCUGCGAAAGGCUAAACGGAAACCAGCACCACCUGUACGGACAGUCUCACUGCAAAGGCUGACAGACUUGAAGCCUACAGAGCGCAGAACACAGAGCCUGUACAUCCCCAACGACAGCCAAAAUGCCAUGCUCCUUCCAGACCUUAUUCCCGUACAUAAAGCAGAGGCUGGUCAUUCAGAGCAGACCACCUAUUCUUCUGAAGCACCAGUAAGUGGAAAGGCUCCAGUGAGUCAGCCCCCCUCCAGUCACAGGCCGCUUAAAGAGCUACGGUCUAGUGAGCCAUGCAAGCCUAGCUCAGUUCCUUCUGUUGGACCUCCUAUAAAUGAAGCCACAAAGAUGGCUUACAACUCUGACCUUAACAACUCCCCAUCGUCCUCUCGUUCUUCUCCUUCUCAACCCUCCAUCUCCUCCCCCUCCAAACCAGCGGGGUCAGCCUCACCCUCCAGUGGCUACUCAAGCCAGUGUGAGACUCCCACCCAGUCAGUCUCAGUUAUAGCCGGACCCUCUUCGAUGAGCUGCAGGAUGCGCCCCAAGCCAUCCAGUGCUGUCCCUGGCCAACGGGUCAGGAACAGUCGGACUCGGUUAUCCCUGCAGUUGCCUGAAAUGCAAGAAACAAAACCCAUCCCUAAUCCAGAACCUUCCCCUGUCCACCCAGCAAAAGCAAGUCGCCGCUACUCAGACACCUCUGCCACUGCAAGACCUAAACAAAGACUGAGCAGCAGUAUGCUGAUCAUGCCAGUGGUGACUCAGGAAGACCUAAACAAGGUGCGCUUGCGUUCAGUCAGUAGUUUUGACCUGGACAACACACCUGCAAAUGUUUCUGGUGUGAUAGAGGAGGAAAGCGAAAGGGAUGGAAGCUCUGCGACUGCUCAACAGAGUCCUAAAAUCAAACCCCCUGUAGCGCCCAAACCUCCUGUGUCCAAACGGCCAUCGACUGGUGUGGCAAAGUCCAGUUUUGGCACAUCAUCUGGUGCAGAUCUGCCGCCACCCUCUACCAGUUAUGAGCAGGAUAAUAUUUAUUCAACAGUUAACAAAGUCAAGCCAAAUUCAGUUCUUCCACCCACGUCUAAUUCUUUCACUGACCAUGGGCAUCACCAGGUACUUCAGCAGCAGCAGCAGUAUGACUAUCAUAUGUCUCAACAGCAUAUGAAAGAGACCAUUGGUACACAAUCCUUAUGCAACUCUGGGGUCCCAAAUGUUCCAUCCUUAAAUACUGCCAGCCAUAAAAAAACAAGUGAACCCCAAAAGAAGAGAAGAGCACCAGGUCCUCCAGUUCCAAAAAGACGUGAUACAACAAACUUACCUUGUGAUAACACUUAUGCGAUGGAGAAUUUGGAUCAGCAACUCCACUCUCCUCCUGAUUAUUCUAAUACUGGAAACUCUCAAAAGGAAUACCAUGUCACAGUGUAUGGACUCAUUCCCACUUUCCCACAUUCUGGUGAAAGAGAACAUUUGCCUGAGUACGAGUCAUGUCAUAGAGUGACAGAGGAGGACCAAGGGCCCGACGUUGGUGUUCUGCAGUUGGGGGGUGAAGAGGAUGAGGUAUUUCUUCACAAGUCCGCAUCUCACACAACAGAGGACUUGUUCACCAUAAUUCACAGGUCCAAGAGGAAACUCUUGGGUCGCAAAGAUUCCUUUGACAACAAGCAGGGGGACUUGGGCACUCAGACGAUCGGUGGUGUUUCCAAGGCUAGUUCCCAGAAUGAUAACUUCAUGGCUCUCCUGAGAAGAACAAGAAGUGCCAAGGCCAGCUCCAGGAGCCGAAUCUCAGCCACAGAGCUUCUGAGGAGCUCCAAGCCUUCAGCCCCUGGGGCACCAGAGCUGACCGGCUACAAAAACCACUACACAAUGCAAUCACAUGGUCCUUGAACUUCUAUCUUUGAGUCUGUUGUCAUUGAUGUUGUCUUAGCUCAAAAUGACAUUGCCACAGUUUUGCUUGCUUAAGCUUUUGAAAUAUCUGUUGUUUAAGUAUGCAGUAAUUUCACAAUUCAGACUUUGUUUUACCUUCGGAAUUAUUCUCUUUUUUUGGUAACUAAAGAAUCAGAAAUGUAAACUCAGUAAAGAGUUAUUUUCUGCAAAUUGCAGAAAAAUAAUUUCUAUGUAAAUAUGCGUACAGACAGAGUUGGUUAUAUCUUAUAUCUAUGUCUAAAUGUCAGUUAUAUUGUAUACAUUAUUAUAUUGAACAGAUUUUGUUUUGGGCCCUUAUGUUCUGGUCUGCUUUGAGUGAAAUCAACAUUGUGCCAAACGGCAUAAUAAUGCUGUAUAUUAAUGACUGUUUCCUGAACAUGUUGCUGUAGAUUUGCACACAUUCAAAGUAUUAUUGAAUUUCCAUCUAAAUGUGACAAGUAUUGACAGAUGUCUUACUUUUAGGCACAGUGCAUGUAACACAACCAAUUAGGAAUUCCAGUAAAGACACAAAAUAUAGAUUUUCACUGCCAAAAAAUGCCUGGUCAUUGGAAUGUGAGAGACACCUGCGGAAGAGCUUGCAUGAACAAUGGGAGGGAAUUAAUAUAAUCUUCAGGUCACUCCAACUAAAUCUGCAGUGCCAUCACACGCCUGUUGCAGCUCGACUGAAUGGAUUACAUGCGUCACAACCUGUGAAAGCACUUUACUACGCUGUUUUACUUUUCUUUCUUUCUUUUAACCAAAUGAAUUAUUUUUUUCUUUUACAUUUAAGAGCUUAAUGGCUUAAUGUUGGUAUGAUUUAUUAUGUAUUUUUGUUUCAAUGGACACCAACGACUGUGUGAAAUAUGUGGAGCUUAGCUGCUUUAUGGAAGGACUGUGCGGUUCUUCUGUCAACCCAUAUGGCAUGGUAAGUGCAUUGGACCAACAUAAUAUAAAUAAAAAAAUACACAAAUAAUA